UCCAAUACUCUCCUUCUCUCUCUAAAGAGCAAUCAUCUUCUGCUCUCUCUGGUUCUCUKCUCAGGCGUGGACUUCUCCAUUCAUCAUUCUCUCUCUGUCAUUCAUUACCCAUCAAAAGCUUCAACUCUCCUUUCAUUUUUGCUUCCAGUUUCUGUCAGACUGAUACCUCAAGAAACACAAAAAACACAAAAAAUUGCAGUCUCUGUCUUCCAAAUUCUUUCUCUCUGCUCAUUUUCCCAAAAAACCCACUCUUCAAUCUCCAUUAUUAAUCCUUGUUUGUUUUUUUCCCCAAAAUUUCAUCUUUUUUUCCAAAGAUGGAUUUUAAUUUGUGGGAUAAGCCGCAGCCGCUGCAGAGGGAAGCUCGAGAUCACCGCCGCCGUCUCCGCCGCGAAAACCCAUCUUUCUCCUCCUCCCUUCUCGACGCCAUCUACCGUUCGAUCGACGAAUCCAACGGCCAGGGAGAAGAGCCGCAGCUGAUUCUCUACAGAGAAACCACGAUGACAAAACAGAGUAUCGCCGCCGCGAGAACAGAGGACGCCGACGAAGCUCUGAAAUUCCGGCGAGUCGAAAAGUGGAUGGAGAUGAAGAAGAAGAAAGUCGGAUCAAACGUUCGCGAUUUCACGAAUUCCAGCUCCAGCUCGUCGGAAUCCAGCUGCACCGCCGGCAGAUUCUCCUCGUCGGAAUCGGAAUUCCUCUCACGGCCGAAGCCCAUCAAAACCACUACAGAAAUCCCGAAGCCGAAGCCGAAGCACGAAAAUGGGUUCCUCAAAACCAAAUCCAAAGCCUCAAAAAUGUACCACGAUUUGAAGAAAGUGAAACAGCCGAUUUCCCCGGGAGCCCGCCUCGCCAAUUUCCUCAAUUCCCUUUUCAAUGGYGGAACCCCAAAAACGAAGCAAAAACUUUCGAAUUCUUCCGUACAAUCGUCCAAAUCCUUGCAGGGAUCCACGUGCUCCUCUACGUCGUCGUUUUCAAGGUCCUGUUUGAGCAAAACGCCAUCUUCGCGAGGGAACGCCGCCAAGAGAUCGGUUCGAUUCUGCCCUGUGAGUGUGAUUGUGGACGAGGAUUGCAGGCCCUGCGGCCAUAAAAUUCUGCACAAAAUCGAACCCAUUUUGAAGAAACCUUUGAAAACAGAGCAAGUAAAAACAGAGCAUGAUUUUGAAGACGACGAUGAAGAUUAUGACGAUGAGGAUGAUGAUGGAUUGAGUUGUUCGAGUUCUGAUCUGUUUGAAUUGGAUAAUCUUUCGGUUAUUGGAAUCGAGAGGUACAGAGAAGAAUUGCCGGUGUAUGAAACUACAAAUUUCAAAACCAAUUGUGCCAUUGCUAAUGGUUUGGUUCUGUAAAAAUUUUCCCAGCAAAAUUAGUGCGAGAACAUCUGGGAAAAAACUUCUAUCACUUCCUUCUUUUUUUUCUCUCUCCUUUUUUUGAAGUAAUUAAUGGAUUUUGGGGGCUUACUUAAGAGAAUAAUUAGGAUUUCUCUCCCAUCUUUGUGUUACAUUCUUGGUGAAAUUAUUCGAGUUAACCUAAGYCUAGUUCGAUGGAUUAAGACAUCUAUGGUCGACUAGAAGAUCAUGAGUUUGAAUCUUCCACCCCACAUUGUACUAAACA